UAUCAUCAGUUCCACCCUCGCGCUUGGCGGUCGUGUCAGCAACCAACGAAACGUCAGCCAGUACUAUUACGCACGAGAACGCACGUUCGUCUCGUGUUCUCAGGUGGAUUAAGAAAAGGGAAAGGCAAAAGAGAAAGAAAAAUAAAAGAGGGAGAGAGAGAGAAAGAGAGAGAGAGAGAGGUUUCAAGAGAAAAAAAGUAGUCAUCGUUAUCAGGUUUUGUUUGAAUCGAAAUCAAUUCCGAACGAGAAGCCAUCGGGAGUUCGUAGAAUCCACCCCAUCUUGAUCACGACCGACGCCAAAGCUAAAAUCGAUCUUUUGAAUAAAAAAAAAAAAAAAAAAAAAAAAAAAAGAAAAAAAAACGAAACAAAAUAAAACAAAACAAGACGCGCUAUUAUCGUAAACAAACAAGGAUGAAAUUGAUCGCCGUUUUGCUCGUUUGUCUCUUCGAGACGUCCCUCGUUCAUUGCGGGAAACGACCGAGUUUCGUUUCCGACGAAAUGAUAGCUACUGCGGUUAGCGUUGUGAAUGCUUGUCAGACACAAACAGGAGUGGCUACAGCUGACAUCGAAGCGGUAAGAAAUGAUAAAUGGCCGGAGACGCCUGAAUUAAAGUGUUACAUGUAUUGCCUCUGGGAACAAUUUGGUCUAAUAGACGAUAAAGGGGAAUUAAAUUUGAACGGUAUGCUAACUUUUUUCCAAAGAAUCCCGGCUUAUAGAGCGGAAGUUUUGAAAGGCAUUAGCGAUUGCAAGCUGAUUGGUAAAUACCUGGCUCAGGGUGACAAGUGUCAAUACGCGUACGAAUUCAAUAUGUGUUACGCUAAGAUAUCACCGAGAACCUAUUAUCUAUUCUAAUGAAUUUUCAUCAAUUGAAGAGCACGAUGACCAAAAAUAUAUAUACACACAUACACACCUAAAUAUAUAUAUGUAUAUAUAUAUAAUAAAAAUAUUAAAGAAACGAUAUCGCCGAAUGUGUUGAGAUUUAUACAAUCAAGUGAUUUUACAUUCUCAUAUAAUUGUCCCGUAUACACCGUAAGUUGUACUACUUUAUAAAAUGUCUUGAAAAAAAAUAAAUCCUCUCUAAUAAUUGCA